GAAGCUGGAACAGUCAUUUACUGUUCUUUUGGAAGUGAAACUUUCUUGAAGGAUGAACAAAUCAAAGAACUGGCUUUAGGUCUGGAGCAAACUGGGCUACCUUUCUUUCUGGUCCUAAAUUUUCCUGCCAAUGUCGAUUUCUCAGUCGAGUUAAACCGAGCUUUACCACAAGGGUUUCUAGAAAGAGUUAAAGACAAGGGAAUAAUUCAUUCAGGUUGGGUGCAACAACAGCAUAUAUUAGCUCACUCUAGCGUAGGUUGCUAUGUAUGUCAUGCAGGGUUCAGUUCAGUGAUAGAGGCACUAGUGAAUGACUGUCAAGUAGUUAUGUUGCCCCAGAAAGGUGACCAGUUUCUGAAUGCAAAGCUGGUGAGUGGGGAUAUGAAAGCUGGGGUGGAGGUAAAUAGGAGAGAUGAAGAUGGAUAUUUUGGUAAAGAAGACAUUAAGGAAGCUGCGGAGAUGGUGAUGGUGGAGAUUGACAAGCAGCCCGGUAAAUUAAUUAGGGAAAAUCAGAAGAAAUGGAAGGAGUUUCUGUUGAACAAGGAUAUACAAUGCAAGUUCAUAGAGGAUUUAGUUCAUGAAAUGAUGGCCAUGGCUAAGGUUUCAAGUACCUAGGAUAUUUCAACGUUCAUCUCACCUUUCAGUUGCAAGUGGCUAUGGAUAGUAUAGUUGGCAUUAUUACAAUAAAUUGAGCACUUCCCAAUGUACCCGCACAAUGUCAAAUUUUGACCAUCAGGUCACUUGAAAUGAAACUACGUAACUUUUUAUUAAA